AUGUCCAAAUAUAUAUACCAAAUACUCGUGGCAAUUAGUAUUUAUGCCAAUACAAUCACUUCAGCAAUAGAAAUGUAUAGCAUGGGCCAAGAAGUUGAGGUUUCACAGUCAACUUUAUGAGUCCAUGUACUUACUUAAUUAUCUGGUGUUUAAGGUGUCUAGUGCCGCAGCCCAAAAGGGCCUAUGGCAAAACUGAUGACGUAGGCGAGCCAUCUUGGCACGGGUCAGCCCCGUCCAAGCCUUCUAUCAACUCCUGCUUCACCGGCCUUGCUGCACGUCUCACCCGGCGCGUUGCCGUCGCCCUUGUCGCUCGACUCAGCUCCUGCGCGUGUUCCGCCUAAGGGUCACCCUCCCGUGGGGAUGUGCUGAGAGGUAAAAGCCCGAAAUCUUGAGUGGACUGAGGAGUGGUUCCUCUGGUUAUCUCCAGAGUUAAACCGCUAUUGCUGUCCAGAAGUCUUCGAGUGAAAACCUAACCCUAUAAAUAAAAUUCCAUGAGGGAGAGAAAAUUAGCAGAGCUAAUUUCUCUCGAACCGAAUGCCAUUUUAUUUAUAUGAGUCCAUGUACAGUUAAAUUCUUCCAGCAUCCAACAAAGGUAUAUAUCAAUAUCGCUCUUUAUUAAGUCUAAAAAUUUCAGAUCCCUUCCUUUACUGGUUUUGGGUUUUAACCAGCUUCCAAAAUACUUAGACCAAAAUGAUACAUCCAGCCUGAAAUAUGAUUAUGUUGAUUAUUAUUCAUAUGAAAACCAUUUGAAUGAUCAUUCAAUAAUAAUGGACACAAACGAUAUUCCAUCAUACUCAUUAAUAUUUGUUGGUAUUUUUCAUAGAAAUUUUGAUCGUGAAACCAUCACUUACUCUUUAAAAUUCGAAGAAUCAAAUCAGCAUCUUUGCCAGUCGGGCUGCUCAGGACAUGGGCUAUGCAAAUCUAUUAUAUCUAUAUGCAAUAAAUAGGAAUACUCGUAGUAAUUACCGUCAGUACUAUUUAUUCUCAAUAAUAGAAAAAUAGCUAAUAAUCAAAAAUAAUUCUAAUCAUUGUAAAUUAGUAUAAUAAUUGCAUUUGUAAUGCUGGAUUUAUUGGGAGAAAUUGCGGGCAAAGAGGCUCACUUGUGCAUUUCGAUAAAAAUACUUCGAUAGAAAUUAGCAGGAAUGAAGUAGGAUAUUUAGUAGCUGAUCUCAGCGAUUGUAACUAUUAUUUAGAUGAAUAUACAAAAUUUAUUCUUCAAUGCAAAUGGAGCGGAGAAGUUGGAGCACUUUAUAUAGGGAAUCCUACAGUUGAGUAAAUUUUAUAUAGUAUAUCAGAUCUUCCAAAUAGAAAAAAUCAUUUUUUAUGGACUUAUUUGGAUCACUCUACAGUUCCAACUCUUUAUAAGCUUACUCUUAGAGAUUUCACAAAAACUACAGUUAUAGUAUCAAUUUUCAAUACUUUUAUUGGCUCAGAAAAUAGUAUUUUUAUUGAGUGCCAAUUACUCGAAGACUUACCUGAAACAUCUACCUUUUUAAAUUGCCUAUUUUUACUAUGUUUUAUAUGGCCAUUAAUCUUGAUAAACUUAUUGUUUUAUUUGAAAUAUCGUGGUGAUAUUAUUGGGGGAGGAAGUCCGGUUGAGAUUAAUGGAAUUCCUAAAAAAAUUAUAAAUUCCUUAUAUCCUUGCCAAUUUUGAAGAGAUAUUAAGAUGCAAUGGGAUACAAAAAUAUGCAUCAUUUGUAUGGAGGAAUUUAAAAGCCAGUCAAAAGUGAGGCAAUUGAUAUGCGGGCAUGCUUUUCAUAGAAACUGCAUUGAUGUGUGGUUUAAAAAUAGUGUAAGCUGCUGUGUUUGCAAAAAUAAUUGCAACAAGGCUGAACAAAAAAAUUUGUCUCCGAGUGUUUUAGGAUAA